AUGGGGUUCAGAGCCCGCCGGUCGGGAAGGCCACCACAUUUGGUUUCCGUUAAUGGUGGUAAUAUUGCUGGGGAUUGGCACUGGACCACUGGUAGCAUUGGCGGUUUGUGCUUGGUUGCAGUUUGCGGCGCUUGCCUCUGGCUGCGGUUGGGCUGCGCACUGCGCGUUCCGUGGCUCCUUUCUUCAGCCGCGCCGUGGACUUUUCUCAUGGUCCACCUCGAGGUCCUCGGCUGCGCUGCCGGUAAAAACCAAGUAAUCAGUGCCGGCAACAAUUGACCCGGUCCGGGACCCGGCAAUCCGAGCACAUCGAUCAAUCAGACAGGUGUGUCCGGCCGGUACAAUAGCAUAUGUGAGGC